AUGUUCUACCUUGUUUUUGGCUUGCUUCAACUUGCAUCCGCUGAAAAUAGUGUUAAACCCAAAGAAAAUACAAAAGUUACGAAACAAGCAACAAACGAAAAACCAGAAAUUCAAAAAAAAGAUUUACCUAAAUACUUUAGCUAUGAUAAAGAGGUAGAAAGAUAUGCACCAGACCUUGCUAAUGCUCCAACAGAUACUAAACUCGAAUCACCAGACGGAACAUACUGGAUUGUCGAAAGAAGAGUCGAUGGCGCAGAUCAUAUCAAAAUUGGUCGUCAAUAUAGAAAAGAUGGCAGCCUUAUGUACACAUACGAUUGCACCACAUUUACAUUCGCUUAA